AUGGCGGCGACCUGGGAGUUCCACCUGCCCCUCGCCCCCGCCGACCUGCUGCGGGACGGCGGCCCUGGGCGCUACGUCGUGCAGGAGGUGCUGCCCGCCCGCGAGCUGCCGCCCGCCCUCACAGCCUUCCGGACCGCCUUCCGGGCGCGGGGCGCGCUGGCGGUGCUGCAGCACUUCGACCCCCUCUACAGCUUGCUGCACCACUUCCGAGCUGUGGGGACUGCUGUCAAGGAGGAUGCCCUGGAGCUGAUGAUGCACGUGGUGUCCCAUCAUUCCAAUGAGCUUCCUGCCAUCUUGGGUGAUUCUGGGCUGAGCCAUGCAGACCGCACUGCUCAUCUCAACGCUCUCAAGAUGAACUGCUAUUUGCUGACUGGCCUGAUGGACGCCUUUGAAAUGGAAACCUGCAAGAGUGGUUUGUUGGAGGUGGAUCCUGGUGGGAAGAACAAGAACCGUACCAAGAUCUCUGGAACCUUGUGGGAAGAGGAGAGGGAGCCGCUCUUACGGCUGCUCACGCAGCUGCUGCAGCUGGAUCUCCGUCAGCUUUGGGGUGGUUUGGUGGUGGAAGAAGAGUUUGUCAGCUUAAUGACAGGAAGCUGCUACCGUAUCCUGGAGAACCCAAGCAUCGGUCUUCAGAAGUACCGGGCCACGCGGGAGGCUGUGACACAUCUGCUUGCUGCAGCUCUCAUUCACUAUGAUCACAUGUUCAGUGCCACUCUGAAGAUCACGCAGAUGCUGCAGCACUUCGAACGUGUAGCCCCAGUGUUUGCACAGGCUGUGAGCCUCUGGGCUACAGAGUAUGGUCUGAAAAGCCUAGUGGGUGAAUUGCUAAGGGAAAUCGGACAGAAAUGUCCGCAGGAUCUGGCCCGUGAUGCUUCUGGAAUCAAGGGUUAUGCUACCUUUAUAACUGAACUGGCUGAACAGAUUCCAGCUCUGGUGCUAUCCAACAUGAGCGUUCUCUUGCGUCACUUGGACGGGGAGAGUUAUGUGAUGCGAAAUGCCAUCCUGGCAGCUAUGGCAGAAGUGCUGGUGCAGGUGCUGAAUGGUGACCAGCUGGAGGAAGCUGCCCGUGGUACUCGGGACCAGUUCCUGAAUAUGCUGCAGGCCCACGUCUGUGACAUCAAUAGCUUUGUGCGUAGCCGCGUGCUGCAGCUUUUCACUCGAAUUGUUCAGUGCAAGGCCCUGCCUUUGACUCAGUUUCAGUCUGUGGUGUCGCUGACAGUUGGGCGUCUCAAAGACAAAUCUGUGGUAGUAGUUAAAAAUGCGAUCCAGCUCCUGGCUGCGUUUUUGUCCAACAAUCCCUUCUCCUGCAAGUUAAGCUGUACUGACUUGGCCAAGCCACUGAAGAAAGAGGUGCAGAAGCUGCAAGAAAUGAGGGAGCAUGGCAGAUCUACAGCAGCUCCAGUGAUCACCCCAGAGGAAGAGUGGGACGCGAUGCUGCCAGAAGUUAGGGCUGCCACACAGCAGCUCUUUCAACCACCACUGGAAGCGGAGGAGGAGGUGCUGGAAGUUGAGGAAACAGCGGAUAGUACAUCGGAGCAAAUCACUGGGCUGCUGAGGAAGCUGAAUUACAAGAGUGCAGCCCGCCUUACGCAGAAGGCCCUGUGUCGAUUCCAGGAGAAGGAGCCCUUCUGUGGCCCCACAGAGGAGAACGAGGAGGCAACGAUCCUGGGUGUUCUGAAGAGACUUUACACAGGUUCGUGCCCAGGUGAGAACAGUGAGGAUUCUCCACGUCCUGACAGUUGUCUUAAGCCUGAAGAAGCUGUACCAGAAGAGCAGCCUCAAACAGAGCUGGUCAAACAGGAGAUGUUGGUGCAAUACCUGCAAGAUGCUUACAACUUCUCAGUGAAAAUCACAGAAGCCCUGAGCCUGAUCAGCAAGAUGAUGUAUGAAAACUGUGUCUCAGUGGUGCAGGAAGCCAUUGAGUUCUUUGUGACAGUCUCGCAGUUUGGUGUGCCCCAGGCACUGCUCGGAGUCCGCAGGAUGCUCCCCCUCAUAUGGUCAAAAGAGCCUGGUAUUAAGGAGGCCGUGCUGAACGCCUACAGGCGGCUCUAUCUGAGCCCCAGCGGGGAUUCGGAGAGGGCCAGGGCCCAGGGCCUGGUGAAUUCUCUCUCUCUCAUCAUGGUGGACGCUUCACUAGGAACGAUACAGUGCUUAGAAGAAAUAAUAUCGGAGUUUGUGCAGAAAGAUGAAAUAAAGCCUGCCGUGAUCCAGCUGCUUUGGGAGCGAUUCACAGAAAAAUCUCAGUGCUCGUCCUUAGAACGACGUGCUGCUGUGAUGCUGCUGGGGAUGAUGGCACGAGGGAAGCCAGAGAUCAUAGGUAGCAACCUGGAUGUCUUGGUGACAGUAGGGCUCUCGGAGAAGGCAUGUGAAGACUAUCGCUUGGCUCAAGAAGUAUGCAAUGCGAUCUCCAAACUUGCCAGUAACCCUAAGCCAGCAGCGGGGAAGAACAAUGCACCUUUUCGACUGCCACAGAACCACAUGCUCUUUGGGUGCCUGAGUGAGACUGUGAGUAAAGGCUUUGCCCAGCCAAGUGGUCACUGGAUCCCCUUCAUGGAGGCAGCGGUAACGCUCAUCUACGAGCUAGCAGAAGGAGCAGAGGAGAUAUGUGCUCACAUCCUGCAGGUGUGCAGUCAGCAAGCUCUGGAGAAGCUGCAGGAGGCUGAUGGGCAGGAAGCUGAUCCAGGGGUUUCUCCCAGCAGAGUCUCUGAUGGUGCUAGCAGUCUCCCUACGUUCCUGCUGAUGCACCUGGUGUCCCUUGUGGGACAGGUGGCACUGCAGCAGGUAGCAUAUUUGGAAGUGUCAGUGAGUGCAGAGCUGCGCAGACGCCGCAUCCUCAGAGAGGAGGAGAAAACCAGGAAGCGUUCUGACAGCAGCACAAAGAAGCAGAGACCCCAGAGCUCAGGAAAUGAGACCACUAUGGAGGAGGAGCUGGGCCUUGUGGGAGCCUCAGCUGAUGACACCGAGGCUGAGCUCAUCCGCAGUAUUUGUGAGACAGAACUUCUAGAUGGGAAGCACCUGUUAUCUGCCUUUGUUCCACUGGUGCUCAAGAUCUGCAACAACCCUGGGCUCUACAGUGAUUCGGCGCUCUCGGCUGCUGCAGCCCUGACUCUUGGCAAAGUCUGCAUGAUCAGCUCAGAGUUCUGUGACUCCCACUUGCGCCUGCUGUUCACUAUGAUGGAGAAGUCCACUCUGCCUGGUGUGAGGUCCAACCUCAUUAUUGCAGCAGGAGAUCUGGCCAUCCGUUUCCCCAACCUGGUGGAGCCUUGGACAUCGCAUCUCUAUGCCAGGUUGCGGGACCCCUGCCCAAGCGUGAGGCAGACGGCUGGACUGGUGAUGACUCACCUCAUCCUCAAAGACAUGGUAAAGGUGAAGGGCCAAGUGAGCGAAAUGGCAACUCUGCUUAUAGACCCAGAGGAGGCAAUCAUGGGAGUGGCUCAGAACUUUUUCAGUGAACUCUCCAACAAGGGUAAUGCUAUCUAUAACCUGCUUCCAGACAUAAUCAGUCGUCUCUCAGAUCCUAACCAUGGCAUAGAGGAGGAAUCCUUCCACACUAUUAUGAGACAUCUCUUCUCAUAUAUUACAAAAGACAAACAGACAGAGAGCUUGGUGGAGAAACUUUGUCAGCGAUUCCGGACUGCCAGAACUGAGCGCCAAUAUCGGGAUCUGUCCCACUGCCUUACUCUGCUUCCCCUCUCGGAACGAGGCCUUCACAAGCUGCAGGACAACUUUGACUGCUUUGCAGACAAGCUCCAAGACCCAGCUGUCUACAGUUGCUUCCAAACUGUGCUGGCUCGAUUCCGCAGAGCGGGCGGCAAACCUGAGACUAAAGCUCUGGCUGAAGAGCUGGAGCAGAAGCUGUCUGCCUCCCAUAACCGAGGGCUGGAUUCAGCAGAGACGUGCCAGGAAGGCAGCGCGACUCCAGCGCCAGAGCCGGCCAAGCGGAAACCAACAGGAAGUUCACGCCGCCAGCCCCUGAGCACAGCCAACAGGGAUGAAGAUUUUGUCACACCCCAGCCUCGCACCCUCCGAAACCAUAAGCGUGCCCAAAAGCGCCCUCCACCCAAAAAAGCUAUUAUCACCUUCUCCAGUGAUGAGGAGAACAGCUCUGAGGAUGAGCUAUCAGCAGAAUUAAAAGAGGAAGAAACCCCCACCAAAACAACUCCCAUCACCAGAUCUUCAGCCCGCCGGCUGCGCUGAGGGAACCAUCUGCCACUGUCUUUA